AUAGGAUGAGAGGAUUUCUUGCAGCAGCCCUCCUGGUGUUUGGCAUUCUUCUCAACCUGGACACAGCAGCGUCAGCGUGGGAAGACAAGGAUUUCUUCAGCUACUGCCCGCCGUCGCGGUGCAGCGAGCAUGGCCCCGAGAGGAAGUGCAGAAAGAAUCCUCAAUUUCUCUGAUACCACGGUCUGGUGGUAUCGCUACGAUUGCCCACAGUGUGAACAACUGGGAGGACGCUGCGCAUUCAGCUCGCAAAGGAAUCAAACAUUCUGCAUGCGUCGAGGUUCACAUGUCAAAGUAAUUGCAGCUACAUCAUCGGUUGCCGCAUUUGUUGUUCUUUUGUUGAUGGUGGCCACUGCACUCUAUCUUUCUCUGAAGACAAGAUAUAACGAAGAGAUACAUCUGAAGGUAGAAAUGUUUCUCAAAACAUAUGGCACAUCGAAACCCACGAGGUACACUUUCUCCGAAGUAAAGAAGAUAGCAAGACGGUUCAAGGUUAAAGUAGGACAAGGAGGAUUUGGAAGUGUGUACAGAGGUGAGCUACCAAAUGGAGUCCCUGUGGCGGUUAAGAUGCUAGAAAAUUCCGAAGGGGAGGGAGAUGAAUUCAUCAAUGAGGUUGCAACUAUAGGGAGAAUCCACCAUGCAAACAUUGUCCGCCUCCUUGGCUUUUGCUCAGAAGGAACAAGGCGGGCUCUCAUUUACGAAUACAUGCCUAAUGAUUCGCUGGAGAAAUAUGUAUUUUCACAUGAUUCUGAUACUUCUCAAGAAGUCCUAGUACCAAGCAAGAUGCUAGAUAUUGCUAUAGGCAUUGCCCGAGGAAUGGAGUACCUGCAUCAAGGAUGUAACCAGCGUAUCCUCCACUUUGACAUCAAGCCUAACAACAUCUUGCUGGACUAUAACUUCAGUCCGAAGAUUUCAGACUUUGGCCUUGCAAAGCUGUGUGCGAGGGACCAAAGCAUUGUUACCUUGACUGCAGCAAGAGGCACAAUGGGCUAUAUUGCACCAGAGCUAUAUUCUCGGAACUUUGGAGAGAUAUCUUACAAGUCAGAUGUUUAUAGUUUUGGCAUGCUGGUGUUAGAAAUGGUUAGCGGGAGGAGGAACUCAGACCCAAGUGUUGAAAGCCAAAACGUGGUCUACUUCCCAGAAUGGAUCUAUGAACAGGUUAACAGUGGGCAGGAUUUGGCACUUGGUAGGGAAAUGACACAGGAAGAGAAAGAAACGGUCAGACAGCUAGCCAUUGUAGCGUUAUGGUGCAUUCAGUGGAACCCAAAGAACCGGCCAUCAAUGACAAAGGUGGUGAACAUGCUAACAGGGAGGUUGCAGAAUCUACAGGUGCCGCCUAAGCCGUUUUUGUCAACUGAUAGCUAUCCUGUGCUGUAAGACUUGCAGAAGAUGGUACCAUAAUUCAGUAAAGGAAUAUGUGAUGGAUUAUCAUGCAACAAAUACAUAGCAUUAGAAUGCAAUGUAUUCUUAUUGUUCCAAGCCACAUGAAGUAUGCAUUGCCACUCUUCACUGUAUAAACAUUAAACGAGAGAAUUCGAUAUUUGUGGUUCAGUUGUCGUGGUUACCUUA